CUCUAUAUUGUCCAAAGACGGCUGUGUCCUUUAAAAUUGAAGCAUCGCGCUUGUGUUCCGAUGAUGCUGAGAGUCUCGCUGUCACAUCACACCGGCAUCUCAGUAAGCACUCGGGCACAAUUCAGUGAAGAUCUCAGCAAAAUGUGAAUGCAGGGAUUAAGGUCAUCCUCUCAGACUGCAACUGGACUGACGUCUGAAUGUAACACUGAGGCCGUUUCAGCAUCGCUACAACUUUAAUCUUUCAAAAUUGUCUUCUCCUUCUGAAGAUGAAGCUUCUAAACAUAGCAUGAAGUCUUUCCAUUUGCUUUCUUAUUAUGCCUUGUUUCGUCUCUGCUUACACUACAUACAGCUUGAACAUGCAUACAGAUAUCUGGAGUGUGAUCAGCUAAAAAAAAGAGUGUGCACUAUAAAUGUAAGGGUUUUGCAGUCUGAAAUGGGCGUUUUUGAUGCAGAAAGACUCGUCGUCAACCCUGUUUGACAAUGACUGUUCUGAAGCUGUAGGGCUAGUGAGAGACGGAAGCUGGAUAUGCGGAAACUCAUGCAUCCCAUGCAAAGAGGCCCCCUAGUUACACCUAGCCCUUCUCUUCUCGGGGUCUUUUAUCUUUUGGUGGCGUUCAUGACCACGCUCAUAUUAGGCUGCCCUAAGAGCUGCCACUGUAGCGAAAAGAAUGGCCUCACGGUUGUGCAGUGUGCCUCCCGUGACCUGGAAAGCAUCCCGUCGGACCUGCCGGAAGACACCGUGGCCCUACUGCUAGCAUCAAACCGUAUCACCAAGAUUCCGAGUCAGGCCUUCAAGGGGCUGCCCCGGCUGCAGGAGCUGGACCUGUCUCGCAACGCCAUAGAAGUGGUGGAUGCCGGAGCCUUCCGGGGCAUUUCCGAAGGCCUUCGGAUGCUGGACCUUUCCCACAACCACAUCCGUGCCGUUCCCAAGGAGGCGUUUGCACGGCUCACGGCAAAGAUCCGCCUGUCCAACAACCCGUGGCACUGCGAGUGCGCCCUUCAGGAGGUGCUGCGUGAGCUUCAGCUGGACCCUGAGACCAUCAACGAGGUGAGCUGCCACACUGCUGUGCGGGAGGAGUACGCCGGUCGGCCAGUCAUCCAGGUACUGGACUCUGGCAUCAACUUCUGCAACUUCCACCACAAGACCACUGACGUGGCCAUGUUCAUCACCAUGUUUGGCUGGUUCACCAUGGUCAUAGCUUACGUCAUCUACUACGUGAGGCACAACCAGGAGGAUGCCAGGAGGCACCUGGAGUACCUCAAGUCCUUACCCAGUACCUCACAGAUCACCAAGGACUUUGACACAGUCAGUACUGUGCUCUAG